CUCUACGUUACCUCUCUGUGUCGAGAGAGUGAGAGAGAGAGAGAGAGAGAGAGAGUAGGGAAUCGGACAAAAGAAGGAGAGCUGAGCUUCACUCCCACUCUGCAUUUCCUUCCCCUCGGCAGGCAGCAAUGGAGCUGUUCUACUACUUGGCUUUCGGGGCCCUCGGCGCCGUGGUGGCGGCCCUCGAGCUCAGCAAGAACAACAAGGACCGCAUCAACACCUCCCCCGCCUUCAAUUCCUUCAAGAACAACUACCUCCUCGUCUACUCUCUCAUGAUGGCCGGCGAUUGGUUGCAGGGUCCGUAUGUAUACUACCUGUACAGUCAGUACGGAUUCGGGAAGGGCGAGAUAGGGCAGCUCUUCAUUGCUGGGUUUGGAUCCUCCAUGCUGUUUGGGACAAUUGUGGGAUCUCUGGCAGACAAACAGGGUCGGAAAAGGGCUUGUGUGACUUAUUGUAUCACUUACACACUGAGUUGCAUCACUAAACACUCCUCUCAAUACAAAGUCCUGAUGCUGGGCCGUGUCUUGGGAGGUAUUGCCACAUCUCUUCUGUUCUCGGCAUUUGAGUCGUGGCUUGUUGCUGAGCACAACAAGAGGGGCUUCGAGCAACAGUGGUUAUCAAUAACAUUUUCGAAAGCAAUAUUUCUUGGCAAUGGUCUUGUCGCCAUUGUCUCUGGACUGUUUGGAAAUCUACUUGUAGAUUCAUUUGCUCUUGGUCCAGUGGCCCCCUUUGAUGCUGCUGCUUGCUUCCUAGCAAUUGGCAUGGCUAUUAUCAUGUCAUCAUGGACAGAAAAUUAUGGAGAUCCUUCAGAGAGCAAGGACUUGCUUACUCAAUUUAAGGGCGCUGCUACUGCAAUUGCUUCAGAUGAGAAAAUUGCGCUGCUUGGUGCUAUACAGUCCCUUUUUGAAGGCUCAAUGUACACUUUUGUCUUUCUUUGGACACCCGCUCUGAGUCCAAAUGAUGAGGAGAUUCCCCAUGGGUUCAUUUUCGCUACAUUCAUGCUGGCUUCUAUGCUGGGUAGCUCCCUUGCCUCUCGCUUGAUGGCCCGGUCAACACCAAGAGUUGAGAGCUACAUGCAGAUUGUUUUCGUCAUCUCAUCUGCCGCUCUGCUGCUUCCAAUUAUGACCAGCUUCCUGGUAACUCCUUCUAAGGUCAGAGGUGGGGGCAUAUCAUUCUCGGGCUGUCUCCAGCUGCUUGGGUUCUGUACCUUUGAGGCUUGUGUUGGCAUCUUCUGGCCAUCCAUCAUGAAGAUGAGGUCCCAGUACAUCCCAGAGGAAGCAAGGAGCACCAUUAUGAACUUUUUCCGGAUCCCUCUUAACAUCUUUGUCUGCAUCGUCCUGUACAAUGUUGACGCAUUCCCCAUCACCGUCAUGUUUGGCAUGUGUUCCAUCUUCCUCUUUGUGGCCUCGCUCUUGCAGAGGCGCCUCAUGGUGAUCUCUGACAAGCCAAAGACAGAAGGCAGGGAACUGAAGGAAAGGGACCCGGAGAUGGAGCCACUGAACAUUUGAUCGAUUCCGGUACGGGAAGAACCGGAGGACUCCUGGAAUCUUGCGAAUAGUUCAUUUCUUACGGAGUAACUAUCAUCUGUGCCGAAUUUAUAGCUGUUUAUAAAGGGGUUUACAUUUGAUGGAACUUCGAGAAAUAUGUGGAAGAUGGAGCCAGUGAUCUUUCCUUGCCGAGCAAACAAAUGCUGGGGGGAGGGCUGUUGGAAGCUUUGGGUCUCCCUCAAGUCAAAAAAUUAAAGGAAAUUUUUCUCUUUUAAAAUUGGGUUUAUUUUUUCUUGCCUGUUUUAAUAAUCUUCUGGAAACCAUAUAGUGCGAAGAAAUUAGUACCAUUUGGAUUCGAUCUUUUUUCCAGCUAUAAUAUCUCGGUAGGAAACUGACUAUAUGCAUCCAAAGUUUUUAUGUAAUUCCAUUAUUAUCAUUCUUUAUUUUCAUCAGCUUUACCAGUGGAAGAUGGUUUCAUCAUUGUUGCGUCUAUGCCUCUGUAUUACUCUUAUAAGAUAUAUACAUAGUUUGGUGCGAUGAUGA